GCUGUUUGCAUUAACAGGAAAUGACUCGGGGACGGUUCACAUUUGCUGAUUGACCACAUCAAUGCGGACAGUGUGAUUGCAGCCGAUAACAUCAGCUUACUUAGUUUGAUUUGUAGCCGUUUACUAGUCAGUCGGCUGAUUGUGGGGCUCAUAGUUCGGUGGUCUAGUCAAACCAUUUCAGCUGUGCAGCUCAACGCGUCUAGCGUGUGUAGCAGGUCUGGCAGUUUCUCAGCUUGUUUUCGACCUCUCCUCUGUACUUUAAAUGGCUUUGGUGACAGCGUUAAGGAGACUGGCUCAUGUUAGGUUAGGAGAGUACUCGCGGAGGACGGCGGCGGCAGCUUCUUGUGCCUCUUUGACCGGUCACAGGAGUCUCACCACCGGCACACAACCUUUAAGGUCAGACAACAAGGUGACGGUCCACUUCUACAACAGAGAUGGGGAGAAGAUCACAGUGAAGGGGUCGCCUGGAGACUCUCUGCUAGAUGUUGUCAUCAAUGAAGACCUCGACUUUGAUGGCUUUGGAGCAUGUGAGGGGACGUUGGCGUGCUCCACAUGCCAUCUGAUCUUUGAGGACGAAGUCUACAAGAAGCUGGGGCCAGUCACAGACGAGGAGAUGGACAUGCUAGACUUAGCCUACGGACUGACUGACACAUCUCGACUGGGUUGCCAGAUCUGUCUGACCAAGUCUCUGGACGGCAUGGUGGCCAGGGUCCCAGAGAGCGUAGCUGACAUCCGACAAAGCAAAGACGGAUCCUCUUAACAGGGAAGCAGCCGCUGAGAAGAAACGUGGAUGUAGACAGUGUGGUUGUGCCCGGUCAGAACCGAUGGUACGACAUAUGUCCACAGGGACGAUGGUAGGUGUAAACCUCUCACUACUGCUGUAUCUGGUCGGCUGCCACAGUAUCAUUUCGUCCUUUUUUUUUUUUUUUU